GCUCGUGCUCUCAGGGGGGAACCUGCUCUCGUUGUUGAUUCCCCUCAGGACACAAUUGACCGCAACACUACGCGUGCUGUCGUCUUCAAUCAGGAAGAGGAACUGAAGUCAGUCGUUAACGCCAACUUCAUAUUUGUGUCUACUGUGUAGGUUUUCUUUUGCCUUUGAAAAGCACGAACUCGGGCUACAAUGACACAUUUAAGACUCCUGCCUCUGGUUUUGACUUUGUGGGCUGUUUCUUUCGCCGACGACAGGAGCAUUAAGCCCAGCACCACUAAACCCCCCGCACUCAAGAACACUUCCAGCAACAGUACAGAAGUGUCGCACAAGAAUAACACCACCGCCAACUCAAAAAUAGACUUCAACCUGGACGGCGCGAUGAUAAACAGGGCUCUGUAUGUUCUGAUCGGGAUCACGGUCAUCGGGGUUCUGUAUUUCUUAGUGAGAGCUGUCCGUCUGAAGAAAACCGGUGUUCAGAGAAAGAAAUACGGGCUCCUGUCAAACUAUGACGACACAAUGGAAAUGGCCCACCUGGAAAGCGACGAGGACGAUACUACCGUUUAUGAAGCCAAGUCUUUGAGAAGAUGACUCUCUGGGGGUGAUUGACACCGCCAGAAAUCGAAUGUGAUGAAGACAAUCCCAUUAUUUCCACCAAAAUGGUUGUCGAAUGAUUUUGUUGUCAUUUUCUACAGCCCAGUCAGGAUGCUUGGAUGCCUUUUUCCAAGAUUUAAGUGGAAUGUGUAGGUUUAAACUAGAUAUAUAUUUGGACUGAUAUAACCAAAUAGAUCUUCUUGGAAAUUUCUCAGAAGGUCAUACAUUUUGUUCUAGAAAGAAAGUUGGCAGAAGUUCAAAACUGUGUUUUGUGCCAAAGUUACGUAUGCAUCAUUUUUAGGGGUUUGAAACUCUUGUCUAAGUUGAUGUGUGUUAAUAAUUAAUAUGGUAAAAGACUGCCCCUCUUUUCCAAUUUACCAACACUGAAAGUCCUGAAAGUUGUUUGCUAAUUUAUGGGACUAUUAUAUUGUUUGGACUAUCUGAAUUUAUAAUUGUUUUAGGUGCACAGUCAAAUUAUGAUAGAUAUUCUUUUUUUAGUUUUUUUUCAAAUAUCCUCAUUGUUUCUUUUUUUCUUUUCUUUUUUCUUUUCCCUUCUUGUGUCUUUUUUCUGGGUAUUGAUUUCAGAUGUGAAUUCUGGACUAAGUGUGAUAAAUUCACAGAUUUUGUUUGUAUGAAUCUGCCAAAUACCAGCAUAAGUAAGUGAUGCACUUUAAUUUUUAGGGUUUCGAAGCUACAACCGCAAAACCUGGUAUUUCAUGACAUGGCAACACUCCUGACCACGUCAUCGUACCAUUUCCGGGUUUGUUUCAUAAAUAAAAGUAGUUCUACUUUUAGAGACUAAACAUUCCCAAACGAUUUUGGUUCCAAACGUAGACAUGCUUCGAGCUCAGUUGUGCGUUGAUUGUUAUCAGCAUGUUAACUGAGAUUUUGUGAGACUCACCAUGCAUUGUGUGUUUUUUUUUUUUUUCAAUGGGUGUGAUUCUGCAUUGUGUAAAGGUGGCAAAUUAAUUUGCUGUCAAAUCAGCAAGCCAUCUUGAGGUAUAUGGAUCCAAUAUCAGCGUUCUCAAAUUUCCAAAUUGAACAUUUGAUGGGUGUGUAUGAGGGUGUUGUGGCAUGGUUUUCUUCUAAAUACAUUUACUGAUUUAUUGAUGCUGUCAAAUACUGUCAAAAUGAAAUGCAUGAACUGUCACUGUAUCAAAAUUUAAUGUACAUCAUUUCAAUAAUUCUUGAAAUGUGCCUUUCAUUCAUUCCCUUUUUGUAACUGCAAUUGAUUGGAUGUGAUUUGGGCUCUUUUGUAAUUAAAUUCUCU